AUGGAUAAGUCUAUGAGAAGCUACGCAACCAAUUGUUCUGCGUCGGGUCAGUGUUGGGUAACAGAUGCGUCGAUCAACCAAGUCGAGAAAGUUUGUAUACGAGCAAUGGCUGGCUUCAACAUGGCCAGCUCUGGUGAUCCUGUGGAAAUGAUGAUGCAUGGGACACAAUGUAGCCCAAUCAUUGCAAGAAACAUUAUUAUACAUCAAGAUGUCCUCGAUAUCAAUCCGACGAUUGGUACAUACAGGAUACCCUACAUGGCUUGCUUACCCACGCCUCUCACCCCGCACGCUCAAAACAGCAUAGCGUCACUGCGGGACAUCAAUUCAAUGUCCAAGCCUGUAGCAAUAGUAACAGGAGCUGGCUCCGGUAUAGGAGAAGCCGUAGCAAUCCACCUCCACAAUGAGCGCGGCUACAAAGUCGUUAUCGCAGACAUGAACCCGACAAGCGGCGAACGCGUGGCCGCGUCCCUGGGUCCCAACGCCCUCUUCAUCCAAACCGACGUGUCUUCGUACAAAUCGCAGGCGCAAAUGUUCAAGCGCGCAUACGAAUGGGGCGGCAACCGACUUGAUUUCUGCCACGCGAAUGCAGGGAUUGAUGAUAGGCAGAAUAUCUUCGAGGCGAGGGAGAGGGAAGAAUUGGAUGAGGAGGGGUUGUUAAAGAAGCUGAAUACAAAGACGUUAGAGGUGAAUCUUGAGGCUGUGGUGCAGGGCCUCUGGCUGUUCAAGUAUUAUGUUAGACGAAGUGAGGGGCCGGGGAGUGGUAAGGGGAAAUUUGUGGCGACGAGUAGUGCGGCUGGAUUAUACCACAUGUCACAAUGCCCCCAAUACACAACCUCCAAAUACGGCGUAAUCGGGCUCUGUCGAUCCUCAGGCCCCAUCUUCGUCAAAGAAGGCAUCACCGUCAACGCCAUCUGUCCCGCCUUCAUUCCCACAAAUCUCUGCCCGCCCGAGGUCCUCAAGCGUUGGCCAAAAGAACACAUCACGCCACUGUCGACAGUGAACAAGGCGAUUGAUGCGUUCUUGGCGGAUGACUCGUUGAGCGGCCAGGUGGUCGAGUUGUCGCAGGACGAGAUUUAUUUUAGGAAGCAGCAUGAUUGGGUGAAUGAGAGUCAGAAGUGGAUUGGGGAGGAGAGUGACAAGAUUUGGGACGUUGGGUACGCGGAGCCGCCGAAGAGAGAGGGGUAUUGA